AUGCUGAGACAAGUGAAAGAGGAAGGAGGCCGAGAGAUCUCGAGUAGUAGGGACAGUCCGCAUCACAUUCGGCUGAAGAAACCCAGGAAGGCGCGAACAGCCUUCACCGACCACCAGCUGGCCCAGCUCGAGCGCAGCUUCGAACGGCAGAAGUACCUGAGCGUGCAAGACCGAAUGGAGCUGGCCGCUUCCCUCAACCUCACAGACACACAGGUCAAAACCUGGUACCAGAACAGGAGAACCAAAUGGAAGAGGCAGACGGCGGUUGGACUGGAACUGUUAGCGGAGGCUGGAAAUUACUCUGCCCUUCAGAGAAUGUUUCCGUC